AGACCCACGUUCCAGUUGCGGGGUCCCACGACUUGCUGCAUGACUGGAGGAAGGCUGGCUACAUUGGCAUGCUCUCUGCGGCUUACGAGUCGAAUGGUAAGUCCAAGGCAGGAGGCAUCACCAUGGGCACCCUUAAGAAGUACAAGGUUCAGUCGUUGCGCCACCUAGCUUCAUCCCCCUCGGAUCAGGUCGGGUUGCGAGAUUUGGAUCGAGGUCCGAAGGACCAGCCUGGCAUUGAUUUUCGGGAUAUGGUGGCCAUGCAGCUGAGGGCCCAAGGCCAGUCUUUGUUGAUUGUUGGAGUAUACAUGACCUCGUCGGUGGGCCCGAAGGCGAAUGCUGCCAAGCUAGCCAACGUUGGCACUCUGGUUUCCACGAUCCAGGGGCCAUGGCUGGCCAUCGGUGAUUGGAAUAUGACGCCGAAGGAGCUGGCGAGCACAGGCUGGCUGGCCUUGGUCAACGGCGCGAUCAUCACCCCCACCAACACGGAGUAUACCUGCACGCUGGGCUCAGGUCGAAUGUUGGACUACAUGGUUGUGUCUCAGCAUGCGGUGCCUUGGGUCGAGUCGUUGCUUGCUGACUUUCAGGCGGUCGAGGAGGCGGGGAAGGCUCACUACGGUCUCAAGCUUCAGCUCAACUUCGACGCCAGUCGGGCCCGAGCUUGGAUCAUGCGGCGUAAGCUGAGCAUCAAGAGCCCUCCGCCCUUGCAGUACUCCCUCUUUGGUGAGGACGAAGACGAGUUUUUCACGGACGAGGAAGAUACGGAUGUCCCUGAAGAUAACGAUGAUGAGCAGGUGGCCGUCUCGGAUUCUGAAUUGGACACGUACGCUUCCAUCCAGGCUGAGUGGUCUGCUGAGGCGAAGGACUUGCUGUGGCAGCAG